AUGAGCGGAGUGUUCACUGUGCGCAAUUUGACACACGCCGAGUCAGACGCUGUACGCUGCUUCCGGAGCCUCGUCAUUGUCCGUCAGUUUGUCGAAAUGAUCCUGGGGAAGAGCGAGGCCCUGGACGGUGCGCCCACAGCCAAGGGCCAAAGUGCCAGGGGACCAGAGGCAGUGGGCAACCCAGGUGUGGUGGUGUUUGUUGGACGGUUGGUGGUUGUUGAAUGUGUGGUGUUCAUUGGAAGUCUGGUGGUGUUUGAUGGAUGGUUGGUGGUUGUUGGGAGUGUGGUGUUUGUAGAGCUGGUCAUGUUUGUUGGACGGCUGAUGGUUGUUGGAAGUGUAGUGUUUGCUAGAAGUGUGGUGUUUGUAGGUCUUGUGAUGUUUGUUGGACUAUUGGUGGUUGUUGAAAGUGUGGUGUUUGUUGGACGGUUGGUGGUUGUUGAAAGUGUGGUGUUGGUUGCAAGUGUGGUGUUUGUAGAUGUAGAUGUAUUUGUCGCACGGUUGAUAGUUGUUGGAAUUGUAGUGUUUGUUGGAAGUGUGGUGUUUGUAGUGCUGGUCAUUGUGGUGUUUGUUGGACGGUUGGUGGUUGUUGAAAGUGUGGUGUUUAUCGGAAGCGUGGUGUUUGUAGAUGUGGAUGCAUUUGUUGGACGGUUGGUGGUGGUUGGAAGUGUGGUGUUCAUUGGAAGUGUGAUGUUUGUAGGUCUUGUUGUGUUUGUUGGACGGUUGGUGGUUGUUGGAAGUGUGGUGUUCAUUGGAAGUGUGAUGUUUGUAGGUAUGGGGGUGUUUGUUGGACGGUUAGUGGUUGUUGAAAGUGUGGUGUUGGUUGCAAGUGUGGUGUUUGUAGAUGUAGAUGUAUUUGUUGGACGGUUGGUGUUUGUUGGAAUUGUAAUGUUUGUUGGAAGUGUGGUGUUUGUAGGUCUUGUGGUGUUUGUUGGUCGGUUGUUGGUUGUUGGAACUGUGGUGUUGGUUGGAAGUGUGAUGUUUGUAAACGUGGAUGUAUUUGUUGGACGGUUGAUAGUUGUUGGAAUUGUAGUGUUUGUUGGAAGUGUGGUGUUUGUAGUGCUGGUCAUUGUGGUGUUUGUUGGACGGUUGGUGGUUGUUGAAAGUGUGGUGUUCAUUGGAAGUGUGAUGUUUGUAGGUCUUGUUGUGUUUGUUGGACGGUUGGUGGUUGUUGGAAGUGUGGUGUUCAUUGGAAGUUCGAUGUUUGUAGGUCUUGUUGUGUUUGUUGGACGGUUGGUGGUUGUUGGAAGUGUGGUAUUUGUAGAUGUGGAUGUGUUUGUUGGACGGUUGUUGGUUGUUGGAAUUGUAGUGAUUGUUGGAAGUGUGGUGUUCAUUGGAAGUGUGUUGUUUGUAGGUCUUGUUGCGUUUGUUGGACGGUUAGUGGUUGUUAAAAGUGUGGUGUUUGUUGGAAGUGUGGUGUAUGUUGGUAUGGUGGUGUUUGUUGGACGGUUGGUGGUUGUUGAAAGUGUGGUGUUCAUUGGAAGAGUGUUGUUUGUAGGUCUUGUUGUGUUUGUUGGACGGUUAGUGGUUGUUGACAGUGUGGUGUUUGUUGGAAGUGUGGUGAUGGUUGGAAGUGUGGUGUUUGUAGAUGUGGAUGUAUUUGUUGCACGGUUGUUGGUUGUUGGAAUUGUAGUGUUUGUAGGUCUUGUGGUGUUUGUUGGACGGUUUGCAGUUGUUGAAAGUGUGGUGUUGGUUGGAAGUGUGAUGUUUGUAUACGUGGAUGUAUUUGUUGGACGGUUGAUAGUUGUUGGAAUUGUAGUGUUUGUUGGAAGUGUGGUGUUUGUAGUUCUGGUCAUGUUUAUUGAAGGGUUGAAAGUUAUUGGAAGUGUAGUGUUUGUUGGUCUUGUGGUGUUUGUUGGACGGUUGGUGGUUGUUGAAAGUCUUGUUGUGUUUGUCGGACGGUUAGUGGUUGUUGAAAGUGUGGUGUUUGUUGGAAGUGUGAUGUUUGUAAACGUGGAUGUAUUUGUUGGAUGGUUGAUAGUUGUUGGAACUGUAGUGUUUGUUGGAAGUGUCGUGUUCAUUGGAAGUGUGUUGUUUGUAGGUCUUGUUGCGUUUGUUGGACGGUUAGUGGUUGUUAAAAGUGUGGUGUUUGUUGGAAGUGUGGUGUUUGUUGGUAUGGUGGUGUUUGUUGGACGGUUGGUGGUUGUUGAAAGUGUGGUGUUCAUUGGAAGAGUGUUGUUUGUAGGUCUUGUUGUGUUUGUUGGACGGUUAGUGGUUGUUGACAGUGUGGUGUUUGUUGGAAGUGUGGUGUUGGUUGGAAGUGUGGUGUUUGUAGAUGUGGAUGUAUUUGUUGCACGGUUGUUGGUUGUUGGAAUUGUAGUGUUUGUAGGUCUUGUGGUGUUUGUUGGACGGUUUGCAGUUGUUGAAAGUGUGGUGUUGGUUGGAAGUGUGAUGUUUGUAUACGUGGAUGUAUUUGUUGGACGGUUGAUAGUUGUUGGAAUUGUAGUGUUUGUUGGAAGUCUUGUUGUGUUUGUUGGACGGUUGUUGGUUGUUGGAAGUGUGGUGUUCAUUGGAAGUGUGAUGUUUGUAGGUCUUGUUGUGUUUGUUGGACGGUUGGUGGUUGUUGGAAGUGUGGUGUUCAUUGGAAGUGUGAUGUUUGUAGGUAUGGUGGUGUUUGUUGGACGGUUGGUGGUUGUUGAAAGUGUGGUGUUCAUUGGAAGUGUGUUCUUUGUAGGUCUUGUUGUGGUUGUGGGACGGUUAGUGUUUGUUGGAAGUGUGGUGUUGGUUGGAAGUGUGGUGUUUGUAGAUGUGGAUGUAUUUGUUGCACGGUUGUUGGUUGUUGGAAUUGUAGUGUUUGCAGGUCUUGUGGUGUUUGUUGGACGGUUUGCAGUUGUUGAAAGUGUGACGUUAGUUGGAAGUGUGGUGUUGGUUGGAAGUGUGGUGUUGGUUGGAAGUGUGGUGUUUGUAGAUGUGGAUGUAUUUGUUGCACGGUUGUUGGUUGUUGGAAUUGUAGUGUUUGUAGGUCUUGUGGUGUUUGUUGGACGGUUGUUGGUUGUUGGAAUUGUAGUGUUUGUUGGAAGUGUGGUGUUUGUAGUGCUGGUCAUGUUUGUUGGACGGUUGAUAGUUGUUGGAAGUGUGAUGUUUGUAGGUCUUGUCGUGUUCGUUGCAUGGUUGCUGGUUGUUGGAAGUGUGGUGUUCAUUGGAAGUGUGUUGUUUGUAGGUCUUGUUGUGUUUGUUGGACUGUUAGUGGUUGUUAAAAGUGUGGUGUUUGUAGGUCUUGUGGUGUUUGUUGGACGGUUGGUGGUUGUUGAAAGUGUGGUGUUCAUUGGAAGUGUGUUGUUUGUAGGUCUUGUGGUGUUUGGUGGACGGUUAGUGGUUGUCAAAAGUGUGGUGUUCAUUGGAAGUGUGAUGUUUGUAGGUCUUGUUGUGUUUGUUGGACGGUUGGUGGUUGUUGGAAGUGUGGUGUUCAUUGGAAGUGUGAUGUUUGUAGGUCUUGUUGUGUUUGUUGGAUGGUUGUUGGUUGUUGGAAGUGUGGUGUUCAUUGGAAGUGUGAUGUUUGUAGGUAUGGUGGUGUUUGUUGGACGGUUGGUGGUUGUUGAAAGUGUGGUGUUCAUUAAAAGUGUGUUGUUUGUAGGUCGUGUUGUGUUUGUCGGACGGUUAGUGGUUGUUGAAAGUGUGGUGUUUGUUGGAAGUGUGAUGUUUGUAAACGUGGAUGUAUUUGUUGGAUGGUUGAUAGUUGUUGGAAUUGUAGUGUUUGUUGGAAGUGUCGUGUUCAUUGGAAGUGUGUUGUUUGUAGGUCUUGUUGCGUUUGUUGGACGGUUAGUGGUUGUUAAAAGUGUGGUGUUUGUUGGAAGUGUGGUGUUUGUUGGUAUGGUGGUGUUUGUUGGACGGUUGGUGGUUGUUGAAAGUGUGGUGUUCAUUGGAAGUGUGUUGUUUGUAGGUCUUGUUGUGUUUGUUGGACGGUUAGUGGUUGUUGACAGUGUGGUGUUUGUUGGAAGUGUGGUGUUGGUUGGAAGUGUGGUGUUUGUAGAUGUGGAUGUAUUUGUUGCACGGUUGUUGGUUGUUGGAAUUGUAGUGUUUGUAGGUCUUGUGGUGUUUGUUGGACGGUUGGUGGUGGUUGGAAGUGUGGUGUUCAUUGGAAGUGUGAUGUUUGUUGGUCUUGUUGUGUUUGUUGGACGGUUGUUGGUUGUUGGAAGUGUGGUGUUCAUUGGAAGUGUGAUGUUUGUAGGUCUUGUUGUGUUUUUUGGACUGUUAGUGGUUGUUAAAAGUGUGGUGUUUGUUGGAAGUGUGGUGUUUGUAGGUCUUGUUGCGUUUGUUGGACGGUUAGUGGUUGUUGGAAGUGUGGUGUUGGUUGGAAGUGUGGUGUUUGUAGAUGUGGAUGUAUUUGUUGCACGGUUGUUGGUUGUUGGAAUUGUAGUGUUUGCAGGUCUUGUGGUGUUUGUUGGACGGUUUGCAGUUGUUGAAAGUGUGAUGUUGGUUGGAAGUGUGGUGUUGGUUGGAAGUGUGGUGUUGGUUGGAAGUGUGGUGUUUGUAGAUGUGGAUGUAUUUGUUGCACGGUUGUUGGUUGUUGGAAUUGUAGUGUUUGUAGGUCUUGUGGUGUUUGUUGGACGGUUGUUGGUUGUUGGAAUUGUAGUGUUUGUUGGAAGUGUGGUGUUUGUAGUGCUGGUCAUGUUUGUUGGACGGUUGAUAGUUGUUGGAAGUGUGAUGUUUGUAGGUCUUGUCGUGUUCGUUGCACGGUUGGUGGUUGUUGGAAGUGUGGUGUUCAUUGGAAGUGUGUUGUUUGUAGGUCUUGUUGUGUUUGUUGGAUGGUUGGUGGUUGUUGGAAGUGUGGUGUUCAUUGGAAGUGUGUUGUUUGUAGGUCUUGUUGUGUUUGUGGGACGGUUAGUGGUUGUUGAAAGUGUGGUGUUUGUUGAAAGUGUGGUGUUUGUUGGAAGUGUUGUAUUUGUAGAUGUGGAUGUAUUUGUUGGACGGUUGGUUGUUUUUCGAAUUGCAGUGUUUGUUGAAAGUGUGUUGUUUGUAGUGCUGGUCAUGUUUGUUGGACGGUUGAUCGCUGUUGGAAGUGUGUUGUUUGUAGGUCUUGUGGUGUUUGUUGGACGGUUGUUGGUUUUUGGAAUUGUAGUGUUUGUAGGUCUUGUGGUGUUUGUUGGAUGGUCUGUGGUUGUUAGAACUGUGGUGGUAUUUGAAAGUGUGGUGUUUGUAGACAUGGUGGUGGUGGUGGUUGGCACUCGUAGCAGUCCUGUGCAGGUAACACUGAGGUCACCGUUGGUCCCAGUGGAAGUGAAUGUCAUGAAGCCCGGCUGGUUGGAGGAGAUCUGGCUGUUGAUCCAGGCCUGGUACUGGGAUACGCUUGUGUAGACCCCUGGAAAAUUCGGCUCAGCACAACCUUCCCGAAAACUGACAAUUCCUGCCUGAAUCCAGCGACCGUUCUGCUUGCUCACCAUUGGACCUCC